AUGUUUACCUCACUACUUCCCUUUCUUCUUCUCUCUGCCCAAGCGCUGGCCCAGAUUCCUGAAGCCUUCACUAAAGGGUUCGACCCAGAGACUAUCGAGCUCGUCGUAAGAUAUCCAGAGUCAGGCAAGAUCCAAGACGGCGAAACCCUCUCCGUAAAUGAAACCUCAAUCCUCCCUGAGUUCGCCCUUGGAGAUUCCUCAGCAAUCAGCACAUCCACAAACUACAUAGUAGUCAUGCUGGAUCCUGACACCACGCCCGACCCAUCCACUCAGGUGUUGCACUACCUCCGAACCGACUUUUCCGUCGAGGAGUUCACGAAGCUGUCCUCUGCGAGCACUACAAUCCCUGUGCCAUAUCUGGGGCCAGUCGGGGAGGAUGUCAAGACGCAUAGAUAUGUGUUUUUGCUGUAUGUGCAGCCAGAUGGAUAUGAAGGGAAAUUGGUCCCGAGCGCCGACGGCGAUCGGAGCUUUAAUGUUUCGGCGUGGAGAAUCGAGAACCAGAUGAAGCCAGCCGUAGCCGGAGUACAUUUCGUCUGUCAACCAGACGGUGGGGAGGGUGAUGUUGGUGGGGACUACGGCUAUGGUGAUGGUGAGGACGAUAGUGAUGAUGAGGGCGAGGGUGCUGAGACUACUACAUGCUCCGAGGGAGCGUCAAUGACCAGCAGCGCGGCUUUGACCUCGAUGCCAGCCCCAACAACCACCUCGACCCCAGGCGACGAGGGUGAAGAAGGUAUCUUGACCGACACCGUCGCCCCUCCCGAAGCUACCUCUUCUGCGGCCGCCACUGCCACAGGUACAUCCCCGUCGGCCCCUGCAACCACACAUACCGUUCUCGUCGGCGGCCCCGGAGACCUCCUCCUCACCUACCAGCCCCCAUUCGUCAACGCCCUUCCCGGCGACCUCAUCACCUUCGAUUUCCGCGAGAAGAACCACACCGUGACACAAUCCACCUUCGACACCCCCUGCGUCUCCAACCCCUCCGGCGUUAAAUCCGGCUUCCGCCCCAACGCCGAGGGCACAGCAGGAAAGGAGGUCUUUGAGUACCAGGUCGUCGACACAACGCCGAAAUGGUUCUACUGCGCACAGGGAACGCACUGCAAGGCUGGUAUGGUGUUUGCGGUCAACCCGGGCGCGAAGUGGGAGGCUUUUGUCGAGAAUGCGAAGGCGGGGGGGACGGCUCCUUCUGCUUCUCCUUCUGCUACUGCUACUGCUACUGCUACUGCUUCUGCUACUGCGUCUGUGUCUGUGUCUGUUACUAGUUCGGUGGGCGCGAUUGCUACCUCUACGUCUACCUCCACGGCUACAGCGACGGCUUCGGCUACACAGAGUGGUGGUGCGGCCGUGCCGAGCGCGAAUUCGACGGCACCCGGUGACGGGUCUCCGCCGGCGUUUGAAGGUGCGGCCUCUGCGGGAGCGGUGGCGAGUUGGGUUUUGCUGGGGCUGGCGGGUGUGGCAGCGUUGGCUACAUUGUAG